AUGUUUUUAUUUUUCAAUAACGUAAUUGCGUGAGUAACGAACCAUAUAAAUGACAAAAUAAAAUAAAACCAAUUUAUUUUGAUUUACCCCCAAAUAAGAAAAACACAUUUAACGCGAAGGUGUCGUCAUCUGAGAUUAUUGUAUAAUCGAGGAAACCCGAGUGAUUCUUUAAGAAAGAUGGGCCUUUGAGGUUGUGCGCUGUUUAAAAGCAGCAGGUGAAUUAAACUAACUAUUAAAAUGUUAGUCAAUACGUUAUGUGCUGCAUUUCGGAAACUUGCAGUUGACAGGAUAAAUACUGCUGCUGCUACUACUACUACUAUUGUAAGGUAUUAUUCGUCGCAGCAUUCAAACCUUCAUGUUUCCCACUUUAUGUGCAAUGACAGUGGUGUACCGUCUAGUGUAAUAGCAGUACAUGAUAUCAAAUUUAAACCUGGAACACUCAAUAUAGACCUUGACGUACCAAUCAGCCCAUUAACACCAAAAAUUAUUGAAAUACCCGUUACAAGAAUACCUCCAUUGCAAGUACCUACAAAAAAUUUACCAGUACAAUAUGAUCCUCCUUUACCACAAACAUCUAUAGAUUUACCAUCAAAUGGGAAUAACUUUGAGAAGCAAGCAGUUCGUUUGAUAGUAAUCAGACGUAAGAAAAUAAAAAAGCACAAGCGAAGGAAGUUGCGUAAGAAGAUGAAAUUUGUGUGGAUGAAGUUAAGACAGAGACGAAAUUACGAGAAAGUAAAGAGAUUUCAGAAUGAGAUGGUUGCAAAAAUUAAGGAAGCUCAAGCAUUCGACGCAAAAGAAUAUGUCAAGAGAAGACUCACUAUAUUGAACAAGGAAAGGAUACCAAGGACUUACAGAGGUGAAAUCUUACCUCCCGAAAUGAUCAAACGGUUCCUGGCUGAAAAGAAAGCCAAAAGAGAAGUCAAACGUAACAUACCUCGUUUAACUCUAUAGUCUGACUAUCUAUGUAUACAUUGUAUCAAUAAAAUUCUAAUUCUACAUUAA